AUGCCUUUAAUUCCUACAUACUCAGAGCCAAUCUAUCUUCAAACUGCCGAAGAUCCAUACUUCUUAGAAAGCUACCCAGACUUUCUCAAAUACAACAGCAUGAUUUGGCUUGAUACCCAAGUCAAACCAUCCUUUGAAUUCUACGAGCCCCCAUUCAUGAUGGCAUACAUUGACACCUACCACUCAGACUUUUCAAGUUAUAAUUUUGAAAAUACUUGGCAAGAUACAAUCCCCAAUACAAAUCCAAAUACCUAUACAAGCUCAAGCUCAAGCUCAAGCUCAAGUCCUAGCCCAAGUCCGAGUCCAAGUCCAAGUCCGAGUACAUUCACAAGCACUUUGUAUCCCACAAGUCUUUAUACUGCCACAGAUUCUGAUUCAGAGCAAGAAUAUGACCUUGAACAAGAAAUCAAACCAUCUCCUGCACAGAACUACCAUUUCCACAAUAUCCAGAGCAACCUUAAAAUCUUACCAGCUCCCAGCAGUCCAGAAGAGACAAGCUCAAAAAGACAACGAUCCAAUAAAGUUUGUGCUCAAGCACAGCGCAAAAAACCCCAUUCUUGUUCACAUUGUACAAAGUCAUUCUCACGCCGAUAUGAUCUCUUGCGACACGAUCGUCUACACACCGGAAGUAAACCAUAUGUGUGCCCAUGUUGUCUAAAAGAAUUCAGUCGAUCAGACGCUCGCAGACGACAUUUCCAGGUUGACCCAGGAUGUUAUCAUGGUGCUGCCGUGCUAAAGCUGAUUAAAGAAAAAGUCAAUUUCUCUUUGUGA